AUGAACUACAGCCAUGACACCGAGAUGGAUCGGGAUUGGGCCGCCGACCAGCUGCGUCGAAAGAAGAAUGCGCUGAGCGGUCUCCCGGAUUCCCCCAUCCGCCGGACGGCGGCUGCCCUGCCACAGGUGGCAGUUGCGGCGGUGCAGGGCCUGCAGGGCGCAGCAGCGACACCACCUGGGGCAGCCACUCUAGGCAACGCCCUCUCUGCCCUUGCGAUCAAUGCGGGGAGCGCAGAGCACGUGCAGAGAAUCUGCCAUGGGCUUUUGGCUCUGCUCUACGACAAGGAGUGUCUCCCUGUCCACCAGGAGUUUGCGCAACUGAAGGGCGUCGAAGCGCUUCUGGCAAUCCUAAGGCGACACGGGGGGGGAACAGCCCUGGCAGCGCUUCGUGUUUUGGAGAAGCUAAGCCGAACUGUACCCAGAGAACUAUGUGCAGCUGGAGGUGUCGAUGUUUUGGCAAGAUGUGCCGAAGUUCCUUGUCAGGCCCCACGCUUGCUGGAGGCUUCCCUUCGAUGCCUUCAUGGGCUGACAUUCGACACCGAGGCGAAGGCAGCCGUCGCUCGCCGAGGUGUUCGUGAUAUAGCUGAAUCUCUGCUGGAAGAUAUACCGCUGAGAAAAGAGCGGCAGGUGGUUUCCAGCAAUGAUGAGCAGAAUACUCUGGAUGAGGCAUGGGACGACACCGCCGUCAUCUGCAAGCGAGUGCUACAGAGACUGAACGAUGGUCGGAAGACUGUGAACCGAAGGCGCAGUUGCUAUGUUUCCUCCCACUCCUCGCAUGCUGUUGAGGGAACACGUUUUUCGCAUUGA